UAAAAAUUAAAUUGGUGAUGAAGGUGCAUCAGGCUUAGGUUCUGCUUUAGCAAAUUGCAUUAAUCUCUCAAAUUUGACACUUUCCCUUGUGUCUAAUUAAAUUGGUGAUGAAAGUGCAUCAGGCUUGGGUUCUGCUUUAACAAAUUGCAUUAAUCUCUCAAAUUUGACACUUGGCCUUUCUGAAAAUUAAAUUUGUACAAUUGGUGCAUCAGGCUUAGGUUCUGCUUUAGCAAAUUGCAUUAAUCUCUCAAAUUUGACACUUUUCCUUGGUAAAAAUUAAAUUGGUGCUGAAGGUGCAUCAGGCUUAGGUUCUGCUUUAGCAAAUUGCAUUAAUCUCUCAAAUUUGACACUUAACCUUGUUGAAAAUUAAAUUUGUACAAUUGGUGCGUCAGACUUAGGUUCUGCUUUAGCAAAUUGCAUUAAUCUCUCAAAUUUGAAACUUGGCCUUGG